CCGCUGCAGGGAUAAUUUGACCAUCCCUAUAUAAACCCUCUCACCCACACUCCUUUUCUUCCCCACACAGUUCCGUAUAUCCUUCAACAAUUCAAUCCACUCAGCAGAAUCCCACACGUUCCUCCACAAAAUGGGUUCACCCGAAGAAUCCUAUGCUCUUGACCUCAUCAGGCGCCACCUUCUUGACGAUGUUUUCUUUGAAACUUCCUGUGACAGUCCUGAAAUCUCUCAAUCCUCGUCUUCCUCUGUUUCUGUAAUUUCCGAUCAGAAAGAUGACAGCUUUUUCCCCGAAUUUGAAUCUUUCAAUCUGCCCACUUUCAGCCCUGUUGAUCUAGAUUGCUUCGAAUUCGACCCGAACCCGCCGCCGGUUGUUUCGAGCUCUCCUAGGAAGAAACCCAACCUUAACAUCGAAGUUCUUCUGCCCCAACUCAAGACUGCUGCAGUGACGGUGAUUCAAGAUUCCGGUGACCAGAAGAGACACUACAGGGGAGUGCGGCAGCGGCCGUGGGGGAAAUUCGCGGCGGAGAUCCGCGACCCGAACCGGAAAGGGGCCCGGGUUUGGCUGGGGACGUUUGACACGGCGGUGGAGGCAGCCAAGGCCUACGACAGGGCGGCGUUUCGGCUGAGAGGAAACAAGGCUAUCAUUAACUUCCCACUGGAGGUUGAGAAUUUCCGGCAGGGGACGGAGCCGUCGCGUAGCUGUGGCCGGAAAAGGAGAAGAGAAUCUGAUGCAGAGGAUGAGGUAAUUGUAACGAAGGAGCUGAAAAGGGAGCUGACUGAAGAAUCUUACACGCCGUCGGUCGCCGGAGUUGCUUCCACGCCGUUAACGCCAGCAAGCUGGACGGCGGCGUGGGAAUUCGACGAUGAUACGAAGGGGAAUUUCGAAAUACCGCCAUUAUCACCGCUAUCACCUAGUUGGUUUAAUUAUGGGAUUAAAGUUUGAGAAAUUGGUGCUAUUUUCAAUUAUUCAUUAGGUAGAGAGAAAGAGGCACGCCUGACCAAGUCCGAGGUGAAAAUCCAACGCAUUUGAUUUAUUUAUUUAUUUAAAGGUUUAUACAUGAUAAUGAUAAUUAUUACUCCAUAUGAAUGUAAAUAUGUUACUCCAUUCUCCCUAUAUCAUGAAAGAAUGAAAGCCAGAUUUUUGUCUGUUUUUGCAAUUUUCUAUCGUCGUCUAUAGUUUUAAUUUAAAUUUCCUUUACGAAAUGAGUUUGUAUAAUUCUAUUUUUACUCUAAAUAAAACUUAACCUCACAAUUUCAGUAUCUUUAUAUAAUAUCUUGGUCCAGUAAUCUAUGAUUUCACUUGGUCUAAGGUUAUGGUAUGUUUGGCACAACUAGCUGAAAAGAUAUUUUUAUGAGCUUUUUAUUAACAGUUAGCUUUUAGUGAUUAAAAAGAUCUUAAAAAGAAAAGGUUGUAGCUGUUUGGUAAAAAGUCGACUGUUUGAUUUAGCUUUGUUUGGUAUACAAGCUGUUAGGAGUAAUUAAUGCUAGAAGCUACGGACUUAUCUGAGAUGCUACUCACUGUACCAUCUCAAAAAAGAUCUUUUAUUUUUAUAAAAGCUCUUAAAAAUUGGCGUGUCAAACAUACAAUUUUAUUUUUAUAAAAGCUCUUAAAAAUUGGCGUGUCAAACAUACAACUAGAAGCUUUUAAAGACGUUUUAAAUAGUACAAAAACUAGAAGGUAGGAGCUUAUGCCCGCCAAACAUAGCCUAUGUUUGUCAGACAUAAGUCUCUACCUUCUGACUUUUGUAUUGUUCAAAAAGUUUCUAAAAGCUUUUAGUUAUAUGUUUGGUAUGACAAUUUUAAGAGCUUUUCAAAAAUUAAAAGAUUUUUUUUGAGAUGCUACAGGGAGUAGAAUCUGAAAAAAGCCCGUAACUUUUAGUACCCCGUAUUAAUUAGUCCUAACAGCUUGUAUAUCAAAUCGAACUAAAUCAAAGAAUCAGCUUUUUACCAAACAACUACCACCUUUUCUCUUUAAGAUCUUUUCAGUCACUAAAAGCUAAUCGUUAUUAAAAAGCUAACAAAAGUAUCUUUUCGGUCACCCUAAAUGGUCCCGUAGUGAAAAUUGCAUUGAAUCUUUUCAUUUAGUUUAAAAGCUUUAAGAUUUUAUUUGUUUUAUUUUGUUAAUUUGAUCUGACAUACAUGUGGAAUCUUAUUACUCCCUUCGUCCUCGUAAUUUUGUCCUAUUUUAUCUUUUUCGUCUAUCUCAUUAGAUUUGUCUCAUACCAAAUUUGGUAAUAUUUUGAUGGCUACAAUUCAUUCUGACUUUAUUCACACUUCAUUAAUUUAAUACCAACCACACAUUUCUACUUUUUCUUAAAAAUCUCACCACAUCCGUUUGUCCCAAACAUAGGGGAAGGAGGUAGUAUAUGUGACUUGAAUAUAUUUGAUGUUUUUUUUUGAGAAAAUUUGAAAUCGAGUCACAAAAGUGGAGUUUGGGAUUGUUGGAGGUUACUUUUUCAAUUUUCCCCUAAUAAGUCUAUUUUUUGAGCAAAAAAUCCUUAGAGCAUCACCAAUGGGCAACUGUUAACAUAAAAUAAAUUAUAACACAUGUCACUCAAUGAAUGGAAUAGUCAUCCACAUCAUUUUGGUAGGAUGCACCUGAACCGUGAGGCCCAAUAAAUCUGUCCAAUGCUUCCUGUUAACAGCCCUAUUAAAAGUUCACGUGUCAACCGUAUAUUUUCAAGAUGAAAUACUGCGUACAUCAUAUUUCAUCAAAAAUCCUCCUGCUGUACUUGCUUAGUGCCUACCCACACUCCAAACCUUGAGGAUGUGUUGCCAAGUUUACAUAAUUGAUAAAUUUUGUAUCAUUUCUUUUAAAUAUCAAAAGCCACGAAGCAUCGAUCAUAUAGUGUCAACUACAAAUUUUGUGGAGUUAUCGUAUCACACAGCUUGUGUGAUCCCCACUAAUUUUGUGGAUUACUUGGGCGCCUGUAUCACUACAAAGAUCUGGUUUGGAAAUUUAUGUUAGAGAAGAAGUAAUUUAAAGAUACAACAAUAUUAAUUAGGGAAUACCUUGAACCUAUGAAUGCUUUUUGUUCUUGAUAUAUAUUCUGUAUAUAUAAGUGGUGUAUAGAGACUACAUGUGAAAUUAUUUUUGCCAAACAGAAACCCACUACUUGGGUGUAUAUCGUGGAUGAUCAAUCAUGGCGCAGAGAUGGUUUAUGGGCGAGAGACUUCCUAUUUUCUGGAUUUUUUGUUGGCGUAUUGCUGACUCAUCUUGUGGAAGACGCUGUUAUCAUAAGACAUUUGCUUGAACAGUGUUCACGGUUUUUUUUAACACGUCAGAUUCACAUGAAUUUAGAGAGGCUCCGUUGGAGACGAAAUUAGUAUGAAUAAUGUUGACAUCAUGAUGUGGCGACGUUUAUAAAUGUGAACGGUUCACCCACUGGAGAUGCUCUAAAUGUGAACGGUUCACCCACUGGAGAUGCUCUUAGUGUAAAAAAAUUCAUCUGUUACACACCCACAUUUGCAUGUGAGUAAAGGUAUCAAACUAAAACAAUAUACCGCCCCACUUUUUCCCGGUUGUUAUAUCGUGAGAUGAUCCCACUGUGAGCACUGUACUCUCAUAUA